CGCGCGCCGUGGGAGGUGUAUCAGGCGCAGGUGAGCGAGUGGCAGCGGCAGCUGCAGCUGCUGCACGCCCGCGAGGCCACGCCUCUCGCUCCGUCUCCCGUGCCGUGGCCCCCGGGGCAGCCAGGAGGAGGUGCGGAGGCAGCAGCGGAGCAGAGGGUGGGCGAGGGAGCGGGGAUGGGUGGCGUGGCGAGCCAGGGAGAGAGUGGUGCCGGGCUGCAGAGGGCACCACACGACCACUCGCAGCAACAGCAAACGGAGGGAGGGGAGCAGCAGCAGGAGGGCGGAGCGGGGCGUGCGGUAGCAGUGCAGCAGGGGCAGGUGUCAGCUGGUGCAGCAUCCAGGAACGAGCAGCGUGAUCCUCACGGACAGCACCCAACCAGCACGGCAGCACCAGGUGCCGCAGCAGCAGGUUUAUCCACUCCUGCGCGCCUUCCCAGAAGCUCGGCCGCCUCCUCCUCUCCUUUCCCCUCACCCAUUCCCUUCGGCACCCCCAUCACCCUCAUCACCCCCGGCCCUGGCAGUGCAGCGCAGCAGCGUGUGCCCGCCAUCCCCCGCCCGCCACUCUUUGCCUUCUGCCUGCAGCCGCGCGCUCACGCGCGCAGGGCCGCCUUCCCCUCGCGCCCGCGCUCCACCAAGCGCGCGCCGGCCCCCGCGGAGCACGUGGCGGGCGCAUGGGGCGGCGCUGCUGCGGACAGUGCGGAAGGCAGCCCCCGGGUGGGGGGCGUGGCGGCCCGCGCAGAGGCGCUCCCCGUGGGCGAGGGGCAACAGGGGGGGCGCCGAGAGGGCGCGGAGGGGCUGGUGGCGGCAAAAAGGCAGCGCCGCGUGGUGUGCCUCGCAGACUUGGGAGGCGAGGAGGCGGAGGGCAGCAGCAGGGGCGGCUCAGCAGGUGGCUCAGCAGGCGGGGCAGCAGGCGGAGCAGCAGAGUAUUUCCCUGGCGCAGGCCACGAGGGGGUGAGUGCGCCGCAUGGGGACUUAUCUCGCGCGCACCCCUCGUCUGCGCGCCCCUCGCCCACAGCGUGGCCUCGCCUCACCACCACCUCGCGGUGGUCGCCCCUCCCCUUCGCCUUUCGCCUGAGCCCCCGUCUUAGCACCCCGGAGCCCGCACACUUGGAUGCCUCUCUGCAAGCGCUGCCGCUGGCGCAGCAGCAGGUGUACGGUGGGGGCGAGGGGGGGAUGAGGCAGUUGUUGAGGCAGCAGCAGGCGAGGCACGCGAGGGGGCGGGCAGCGUGGGGCGUGCAGCUGACGGGCAGCGCGGGGGUGAGCGGGGCAGGCGGGGACGAAGCAGCAGCGCCCACGCCACCACACGGCACUGCUGGGGGGCCCCUUGCGCUGCCUGCUGCCUCCGCGCCGCACCAGCUGCCCGGCGCUCCCGUGGUGGCUGCACGGCUGUGUGGCGCCCCCACUGCUGCACGCACCGAGAGCGGCGCCCCUACACACGCGGCUUUGGUGGGAGCAGGGGCAGGGCAGCAGUGGGAGCAUGGGAGGGGUGGCAGCAGAGGGGGCGAGGGCGAGGCGGAGCAGGUGAGUGGAGUGGCGGGCGUGCGGUCAGAGCUGCUGUCGCUGGCGCACGCGCGCAUGGGCAAUAGCGGUGGCGCACGCAGUGGAAUCGCGCAGGCAGCAGCAACUGCUGCUGUGGCGGCGCCAGGGGAGGGCAGGGGUGCAACGCCGAGGGGUGCGAGCGUGGGGCAGUGGCCGCCGUGCAGGGCGGAGGGUAGACCGUUGCCGUUUGGGGUGAGAGGUAGAGCGCAGGCGAGGGCAGGCGCAGCAGGGAGGGGAAGGAGCAGGGCGUGGGCAAUGUUGGUGCUGCAGCAGACACAUCAGCACGUGGGGUGGGCAGGGCAGGCGGAGGGGCUGGCAGGCGGGGCAGGGCGCACACAAGCGCGUGGAGACAGGUCGGUGAGUGACACAGAGGUGCAGGCAGCAGGUCUCGAGGCACACGCUCACGCAGGCAGCAGCACGGGGGGAAGGCGGGUGGUGGGUCACAGGCUGCCUCGGGCGAGCAGACUAGCGGCGCCUGGCGUGCGUGGCAGUGGUGGCACCGUGGCAGCAGUUGGUGGGGGCGAGGCACACACCACCGUGGCCGAGGGUGCAGUGAGCGCACAGGUGCUGGAGUGUGCUGGGCAGGGUGCUGAAGUUGAAGAGUGGCGCGGGGAGGUAGGGAGAGAGGCGGGAGCAGACAGGGGUGGUGCUGCCGUGAUGAGCGGAGAGGCGGAGGAUGGGGCAGGUGGAGGGGCGGGCAAGGGCCCGGUGGUGUACCACUGCAAGCGACAGCGGUCGUGGCGAGCAGCAGGCAGUGGGGGGAAGGCGGGCAGCACUGCUGCCUGGCGCCCUGGCAGGCCCAGCAUGGCCGGCCUGUCCCCUGCCCGCCUGCUCCUGCCCGUGCCCCUCACCCCCGCUCCUUCCCUCCCUGCCUCGCCGCUCCUCCUGCCUCCCCACGUGCCAUGGCCUCGUCCCCCUCGCCCUCCUACCGUGCGUCCGUCUGCAGCACGGGACCCAGCAUGUGCAGCUGUCGGCAGCGAGGGGCUGGGGCGAGAGGUGGAAGGGCGAGAGGUGGAAGGGCAAGGGGUGCAGGGGCGAGGGGAGGAGGGGCGAUGGGUGGAGGCGGAGGUGGUGACAGCUAGGGUGAGGGCGGGGAGUGCAAGGGCGAGGGCAGGUGCAGCGAGGGCGAGGGCGAGCGAGGUGCAGCAGGUGGCUGAUGCGGCGCUGGAGCGCGCCUGCCACUGCCUGGCUCUCCUCCGUGCCGCUCAAGCCAUGCCCAACCCUAUGCCCUCUCCCAUGCCUUCUCCCAUGCCCCCUGCCAUGCCCCCUGCCAUGCCCCCUGCCGUGCCCCCUGCCAUGCCCCCUGCCGUGCCCCCUGCCAUGCCCCCUGCCGUGCCCCCUGUUCCUCCCCACCACCUAGUUGAUGCCGCUCGUCCACCACCCGCCCUGCCAGCCGUCACUGCAGUCCAUGCAUGUGUUCGACCACACCUAUCACCUCCUCCUGCUCCUGCUUCUGGUCCUGCUGCUACUUCUGCUGCUGCUUCUGCUGCUGCUCCUGCCCCUGCUCCUGCUGCUGCUCGUGCUCCUGCUGCUGCCGCCGCUGCAACUGCUUCUGAUGCUGCUGUUGCUGCUGCUCCUGAUGCUGAUGCCGUUCGAGCUGCCUCUCCAGCUGCUUUUCCUGCUGCUGCUGCUCCUCCACCUGCUGACAGUGCAGCUCUGGGUGAAUGCCUGGACGUCCAUCACUGCCGUGGGGAGGGUAAAGUGGGUGGGGAGGGUGAAGAGGUUGGGGAGGAUGGCGAGGGUGGUGAAAGGGGCGAUGGGGCAGGUGCUGGGGAUGGUGGAGAGGGGAGUGCAGGGUUGGUGGAUGGUGGGCGGCAGCAUGGCAGCGAGAGUGAUGCAGUGGGGCCAUGUGGGAGCGGGCUGGGUUGUGCUGGGGCAGGGUGUGCAGGGGGGCAUGCAGCGGUGUGUGUGAGUGGCGAUGGGUGCAAUGAGUCACGUGGGUCUGCCUUCCUGCUGCCUCCUCCAUUUGCCGCUCAUCCUGCUCCUCCUGCCUUGCCUGCCAGCCCGCCUCCCAUGCUGCUACCUGUGCCGCCAACCCCCCCCCAUCCACAGCAGGCAAACCCCCCUCUCCCUCCUCCCACAUCUCCUCCUCAGUCCUCCCCCUCACCACAGCAGCAGCAGCAGCAGCAGCAGCAGCGGGCGGGCAGCAGCCCGGUGGCGCUGAGGCCGUCGUUCCCGUCGCCCUCGUCGGUGGCCAAGCGAGCAGCCGUCACGUACCGCCGCGCUCACGUCACUCUGCGCCGCGCUGAUGUCACGCUGGGCGAGGAGGGGUGCGGCUUCAGCCUGCUGCCCUCGCCGCACUUCCCCCUGCGCGCUGCCUCCGUCACACACAAGCCUGCUGACAUCACUCUCCCGCAUGAUGAGGUCACCAUCUCAGAGCCCCUCUGUGGCAGCGAUGACAGCCCUCGCCCAGCGCCCCUCGUGCCCUCCACCUGCUCGCUCGACUCCCUCCAACCCCCCCGCAUUACACUCGCCCCCAUCCCUGCUCUACCGCUCUCUGAUGAGGGCGAGGGCGAGGGUGGGCAGGAGUGUGGGGAUGUGUGGAGCAUGGGGGAAGGGGCAAAAGAGAGUGAAGGGUGCAGCAAUGAAGGAAUGGGCUUGGCGCUGCCUGCAGCAGUUGCGGUGGACGGGGUGGUGGAGGGGAGUGGCAGCAUGGGUGCACACGAGCACAUUGCUGGUGCCAGCAGCUGCCAGGAGAACACUGAUGCACCAAGCAUGCAAGUGGAUGGGGUGCAGUGGGGCAGUUCAUGUGGAGGAGAGGCGGGGCAGGCAGCACAUGAAUCAGGUGGAGAUGAAACUAGUGGGGAGGGGCAAGGCAGGCAAACACGCAGGGAGGAGGGAUGUGUGAUUCAGCUGGGUGUGCGCAGGAUAGUCAAGGGGGUUGAGGGGAGAGGCGGCGGGUUGGAGGGGUGUGCGAGUGCGAGUGUGUUGGAUGGGCAUGUGGAGGGAGGUGCACACACGCGCAGGCAGCAGGUGGGGGAGGAUAGGGCAGCUGCCACGGAUCACGCUGGGGAGGGGGAUAGAAAUGCUGCACACGGGUGCGGAGGAGGGGAGGGCGGUGUAGAGGGGGUAGUGAGCUGUGUGGUUGAGUGUGCAGCAGUGGGGCUGGUGGGGAGAGGAGGUGCCCAUGAGGUGUUUGAGGCAGUCCAGGGGGGGCAGUGUGUGCUGCAGGGUGGCCCUGUGUGGUGCGAGCAUGGCGGCGAUGGGAGGGCGUGCAGGGGCGAGUGUGAGCACGUGGGCCACGCAGGCUUGUCAGGCGUUGGAGGCGAGGCCGCUUGUGGAGGUGGUUCAGGGUCGGCACGUGAGAGGGAGGCUGCCCGUGUGGGGCAGGCUGAGGGUGGUGAGAGGGGCGGGACACCUUUGACGGGGCCACUGCCACCGCUGCCUGUCCCCGAAGCCCCCCCAUGUGAGCGGUGGGUGGGCUGUGCAGUAAAGGGGUGGAAGUAA